AUGAGUGCAUCGUUGUUGUUGAAAGAGCCAGUGGACGAUGAGGGAGUGAAGGAACGUGAAUCGCAGGUGCUGGUGGCGGAGGCCGGGUGCCAGGCGCGCGUGCGCAGCGCGGGCGCAGAGGAGCUGCUGCGCAAGCUGCACACGGCGCAUGCCACCGCCCGCCUGCGCGCCCUGGGAGGCGUCCGCCCCGCCCUCGCCCCCGCGUCCUCGCCCUCGCCCACGCCAUCGCCCUCGCCCUCGCCCACGCCCACGCCGUCCUCCGGCUCGGACGCCACCACAGCAGCCUCCAUCGCCACGGUGGCGCGGCAGGCGGGCGCGUCGGAGGGGGAGCUGGCGUCGGCGGAGGCGUCGUCGCGCAGCGAAGGGCAGCUGUCGGACGGCGAGGUGGCGGCGCUCAGCGUGGGAGAGGUGCCGCCCGUCCCGCGCCCUCCCUCCUCCUCCGCCUCCUCGGCGCAGGAGGUGUCUGAGUCUGUAAAACCAAGGCACUCAAGCAAAACAGAUGAAGAUUAUAUAUAUUCAGAGAUGGAAAUAAAGGAUACCAUUUACAGUACUGAUGAAGACAUGGAAAACACACACACAGGAAUGAGUUUCACCAACAAAACAUGACUAAGAAUUUAUGCAAGAGCACAUUCAGUUUACUUCUUGUGAACUAUAGACUACACCAACAUCAAUGCGGAAUACAAAAAGUAUUGUGAAUGAAUUCUCUUCUACGAAGUGCAAGAUCUGUGACUUGGUGUAACAAACUACACUUAACUUACAUUGUAUAAUGCUAACCUCUUUCUCCUCUAAGAAUUUUUUUUUCUUUUUCUACUCUUGAAAUGAAUUUAUACUUACUGCUUUUCUUAAUAAAAUCAAUCAUUUUGCAUACUACAUGUAUGAUUUCUCCUUUCUAAAUGAACAAAUCUAAGAGCCUACUUGCCAUUUCAAUAUAACACAGUUUGAACAGGAUCAGUUACCACAAUGAAAACGAACCUUUAAGACCAUAAUUAUUUAUUUUACAUUCUGACACUACUAUUCAUGAACACAAUUCAAAUUAAUUCACUUUAAAAAGAAAGCUGUACAGUGAACCAGAGUUUAAAGUACGAGUGCUAAAAAAAUCAACAAUAAACUCACAGCCCUAAACAAUAUUUACA